ACAAUCAAUUGAGUUUUUGGUGACAGUUGUUUCGCUUCGCUCAUUGCUUCAAUAUUUUCUUAAAAACUUCAAUUAUUUAAGUUAUUUAACUCAAAAAAAAAUAUAUACAAUGUCUUCAUCACCGGGUUGCACGUAGCGGCCAUGUACGACAGCACAUGCGGUGCGGCUGCCACCGGGCAAUGCGGAAAGUCUCAGCGCGAGUGCGAGGGCUUGCCUACGCGCGAGCCCCCGCCCGCGCCACUCGAACGAGAUUACAGUGGAUUCGAUAUAGUUAAAGCUACACAAUACGGCGCGUUCGGUCGUGUAAAAGAACUUGUAGAAGCAGGCUGGGAUGUCAAUCAGCCGGACCACGAAACUGUCACUUUGUUGCACUGGGCGGCGAUUAACAACCGUCGGGAAAUCAUAGAAUAUCUUCUAUCGAAAGGUGCAAUCGUGGAUGCGGUCGGCGGUGAAUUGCAAUCGACGCCGCUGCACUGGGCCACUCGGCAAGGCCACUUAGAGGCGACCGUGCUGCUGGUGCGCGCGGGCGCCGACCCAACGCUGCGCGACGCAGAGGGCUGCGCCUGCCUGCAUUUGGCAGCGCAGUUCGGACACACGGCGGUGGUGGCGUACCUGGUGGCGCGCGGGGCCGACCCCGACGCGCCUGACGCCGGCGGCAUGACGCCGCUGAUGUGGGCCGCUUGGAAGGUGUCCGCCGUGGAUCCCGCACGCCUGCUGCUCACUCUCGGCGCGUCCACAACUCCUGUUGAUCGCUCACACGGGAACACUGCGCUCCAUUGGGCUAUACUGGCACGGAACACAACUGCUAUUUCUACACUUAUUCUUUAUGGCAACGCGAGCCUGGACGCGGCCAACGUGCGCGGCGCCACGCCGGCCGGCAUGCUGCAGACGGGCGACUGCCUCUGGCUCGGCGGCAAGGUGGCCGACAGGCUGCGCGAGCACGCGCUGCUCACCACUAGGAGGAGCGCAUUCCGCAGAUUUACUUACGAAAAGAAGUUCAGGUGGUGGUGUGUGGUGGCGAUGCCGUUCAUGGCGUUCUACGUCACCGGCCUCGUCUUGGAGAUCGACACUCUCUACCUGCUUAAGAUAUUCCUUCUCGUCUGUUUCUAUGCUAUGCUACAUUUUCUGGGCAAUGCACUUUUCGAUGACGAACUAAAGAAUAUAUUUCCUUUGAGCGUUUACUUGGCUACAAAGGUG